UAUCUGGAUAUGGUGUAAGUAACGCCACCUUCUCCUCCAAUUAUUGCUAUAAAUACAUGCUCCCAGAUCUCCCUUUCGAUAUAAGGAAAAAACUACCAAAUCCAGUUUAGUUUGUUCCAUUCCGGAGAUAGUCUUCAAAUAAGUUACGAUUUAAAUGCACAAGUACACAGAGUAAGAAUUCUACCAGAGAAUGGUCGUUUGAAAAAACUUCUUGUUAUACCGGUGAAGCCAUCAUAAUCAACAAUAACGAAACCUUUGAUGGUCUGGUCGAGUUGAUUCGUAUAAGGUUAAAUCUUGGGAUUCUUACUCCCGUUGCCUUGACUUAUCAACUCCCCGACUGGAUGCUGGUCCCUGAUGGUCCACGAACGCCGCCGAUCACGUUAUCAUGCGACAAAGAUGUUGAGAUUCUGGCAAGUGUAAGGGACUACAUGUCUGAGGCGGUGCUCUAUGUAACUAGUGGACCUGAACUAGUUGCAAGGUACCAGUUCUUUAGUCGAUCACCUUUCAGUAUAGGUGAUACAACUUACCUUGAGGAGGGCGUAACAGAAGCUCAACAUCGCCAAGCUAUACUCGAUUUGGUUGGAGGGCAUCCGAUCGUUUGUUGCAAACACAUAUUGGAAAUAAUGUUCAAUGAGCCUCAACUCCUCAUUGUCUUUCGUGUUGCUCUUGAGAUAGAAAUGGUAUAUGGAAUGGCUGAUGACAAUGGCGAAGCAGAAGACCCAGCAGAGUUCCCACGAUUAACCGUUGACGAUGUUAUCUCUAUGGCAGAAGCCGGUACCAUUUCACCCGAAGAACACAUCUACUUCGAUCCAAAUGAUGAAGUGCUAUAUGGUGAGCCAGUGACUAUCGAGGAGCUGCAAUAUGCACUACCAAAUGGUCAAGAUGCAUCUCUUGUGAACCAAUCAACCCCUUUGGAAGUGGAACCAAUAAAUGUUUGGAGAGACAUGACGCAGGAUGAAGAAUACUGGGAUAGUAUUGCCCCCGAUGAAAAUAACUAUGAAGUGUACUAUACACAGUCACCACACCAAACCCAGGGCGCUAUAGGUUUGCCACUUGCUCCAAAUAGAAGGAUCCCCAACCAGCUACAAUAAUCAUUAUCGACGAUGAUGAUGGCUCCACCACAGGUUCUUCCGAUGGUUUAAAUGAGAACAACAACAUAGUGUCCGCCCCUCCAACUCAAGAUUUGUCAACAAUUGUUAGGGAACUAGCAAACAAUGGACAGACUGCUAUGCAAGGUGAUUCCACGACCGCAGUGGAUAAAAUAAAUGGACCUGGUUCCUUGGAAUUUGAUAUUGCACCGGCUUCAGAAGACAACACCAACAAUGCAGAACCUAGCCUUGAUCUUACCCUUGGAAAUAAGAAAACUGGCAAUGGAGAGGUUGCCGUGGAAGCCGUCGAUGACUCGUGCUCUGAAUCCGAAGAGGGCAGUGGUGGGUUUCGUCCCUUCUUUUAAUGAACUGCAUGUUUAAAAGCUAUAAGACUAAAUAAGUUGCCUAUGUUUGUUGUGAAAUAGUUGUGCACAUGAAUAUCGUUUUUUGGCUUGUUUCAACUCUAGCGAUGCAGAACUACUAUGUUUGUGGAACGUUGUAAUGUGAA